AUGAUUCUACGUAAAACAAUUCAUGACGUACGGUAUGCAAAGAGGUACAGCGUUGCCUUGGCUAAACCAUUGUCUGAGCUUUUCAAUCAACCAAAACCAAAGUUCAAAUUUUUUGUCAAAAACCAAACUGGACUUUUCGGUGCACCAGAAUUGAUUUCAUUUGAGGGAUUUUAUGCAUUCAAGGAGCGUACAAAAAUAGAUUGUGAAAAUCUUGUUGAUGAAAUACGCAAUCCCAAUCGCAAGAGAAAUCUGGUGACAAUUUUUGACCAGCUGUCCAAUUGUCUUUGUUGUCUUGCUGAUAUGGCUGAAUUCAUUCGUACAGCACAUCCAGAUAAAUCAUUUGUUGCUGCUGCUGAAGAUUGUUGUAUUUCCAUGAAUACCAUUGUAGAAAAAUUAAAUACUAACAAAGAUUUAUAUACAAAUUUGAAACAAGUAAUCCUAGAUGGUGACAAACACCCUAUGACAGAAGAGGAUAAACAUGUUGGUGAAUUAUUUUUAUUUGAUUUCGAAUUAAAUGGCAUACACUUAGAAGAAAGGAAAAGACAAUAUGUGGUCAAUUUAAACAAUUUUAUUUUGGUUACUGGACAACGAUUUAUGACUGCAGUUGAAAAACCCAGGAUUGUAGAUCCAACUAAAUUGCCUGAUGUUGUUUCUAAAGUUCUUUCUAAAGAGUAUAAUUACAACUCUGAAGGGAAAUUGAUAGUCAGUCAUCCUAAUUCUCAUUCUGAAGAUCGAAUUUUGAGAGAAGCCGCAUUCAAGGUUUACAAUGGCCCUAAUGCUGAAUCAGAAGAAUUGUUGGACAACCUUUUAGAAAGCCGUCAUAAAUUGGCUUUGACUUGUGGAUUUCCAUCAUAUGCUCAUAGAGCCCUAAAAAACAGCAUAGCCGAAAAUCCUUGUUUUGUUAUGGAGUUUUUGAAUAUCCUUAAUACAGAGCUAAGGAUUCGGUCAGUUUUCGAUUAUAAAACUAUGAAACGAGCCAAUAAUAAUGAUAUUGUAUCACCUUGGGAUGUUCAAUAUUUGACUAACAAGAUUAAACAGAACCAUCUUAAAUAUGCAAUGAUUGAUUAUGCAUCAUAUUUUUCUUUAGGAGAUUGCAUGGAAGGUUUGAAUAUGAUUUUCAAUAGUUUGUACAAUAUAAAUUUGGUAUUUGAAGAUAUAAAGCCAGGUGAAGGGUGGGCCGAACAAAUAUAUAAGUUGGCUGUUACUCAUAACACCGAAGGUUUACUUGGAUAUAUUUAUUGCGACUUCUUUGAAAGAACAGGAAAACUACACAAUGAUUCACAUUAUGUUGUCAGAGGAGGACGACUAUUACCAGAUAAUUCUUAUCAAACCCCAAUUGUAGUAGUUAUGUUAAAUGUGGUAUGGCGUGAGAAUUAUGGUCCAGUACUCUUACAUCCUGGAUCUGUUGAAAAUCUAUUUCAUGAGUUUGGACAUGCAAUACACUCUAUGUUGGGCCGAACACGUUAUCAACAUGUCAAUGGUACACGUUGUGCUACAGACUUGGCAGAAUUUCCAUCAGUUUUGAUGGAAUAUUAUGCUACACAACCACAAGUCAUAAAACAGUAUGCCAAGCAUUUUAAAACUAGACAACCCAUGCCAGAUGACAUGUUAAAAAAGUUAUGUACAUCCAAAUAUUUAUUUGCUGCUUCAGAAAUGCAGCUGCAGCUAUUUUAUUCUGUACUAGACCAAUAUUAUCAUACUCAAGCACCACAAUCAUUAAGUACAACAGAUUCGCUUGCAAAAUUACAAGUAGAAUAUUAUGGACUUCCAUAUGUUAAAAACACUGCAUGGCAGUUACAUUUUUCACAUUUUGUUGGUUAUGGUGCAAAGUAUUAUUCAUAUUUAGUAUCCAAAGCAUUAGCAGCACACACAUGGCAUUCAUUCCUGAGUAAUGAUCCACUAAAUAGAAUUCAAGGUGAACGAUUACGAACAGAAUGCUUACAAUAUGGUGGUGGGAAACCAGCUAGAAAAUUGGUUUCAGAUUAUCUCAGAACACCAGUAACGCCAGAACUCUUGGCAUCCUCUUUAAUACAAGAUAUUGAUCAAGGCAAUGAAUUCUCUAAAUUUUCAGUUACAUAAUCAGAAAAAAAUGUAAUUUGUUUUAUAGUAUUUUGUUAAUUAUCAUGUUUAAAUAUCCUUCUUAACUAUA